UCGCUAAUGAUUUGGUCGCUUAUUCCGACUUUUAGCUUUAGCAAUGGUAAAUGUAACAUUUAAAUCGUCCUUUGGACAAAAGGAUUUAAAGAAAACAUUCACUGAUGAAGCACUUAUUCCAGAGAGGGACCCGGAGGAUGGCGUGCGCGUGCCACAGCAGUCUAAGGUGCGGUGCUGGUGCAUGCGCCUCGGUCUGGCUCUCAUGCUGUUUGGAGUUGUGGUGGGCUGGACUUACCUCUACUUACUGGAGCGCCCGGAAUAUUUCUGCGGGGUGGACUACAUGGUUCGGGAGGACGAUGACAUGGUGGACCGGCCCUCUGCACUGAGACACAUCGAGGAGACCGUGCGCGUGCUGGAGGAAGAGGAGGUGGAGCUCAUCAACGUUCCCAUUCCCGAGUUCUCCGACAGCGAUCCGGCCGACAUCGUCCACGAUUUCAACCGGAGGCUGACCGCCUACCUGGACCUGAGCCUGAACAAGUGUUAUGUCAUCCCUCUUAACACAUCCAUCGUCAUGCCACCCAAGGACUUCCUGGAGCUGCUCGUCAACAUCAAGGCUGGAACCUAUCUCCCCCAGUCCUACCUGGUCCAUGAGCAGUUGAUUGUGACCAAGCGACUGGAGAGAGUCGACCAGCUGGGAUACUUUGUCAACAGCCUUUGCAAGGGCCGAGACACAUUCAAACUGGAACGCAGGGAUACUAUACUGGGGCGGGAAAAGCGUGAAGCACUGAGCUGCAGGAAGAUUCGUCACUUUGAAAAUAAGUUUGUGGUGGAGACACUGAUCUGUGAGCCUUAGAGGACAGUAGGUACUUCAGACAACCCAUGUAUAGUUUAACCCACUGUCUACAGCAUGACCUUUAACCCUUCACUCUUCUAUACCACCUUCAUAGAUCCUUUACUUUUCUGUACUGCUGGUAAUUUUGAGGGAGAGUUGUCUAAUUAAGAGGAUUCCAUGGUAAAUACUGUUGUGUAAGGUGUAAAAUGAGGUAGUUUUCCACUUUGCAUAAAAUUACUGGUAAGUAGUGAUGGGCAAACAAGGCUUCAUUAGCGUUAUUUAAGCAGCACUCAGAUACUGGCAGCACUCAGACUCUGUUUCACAAUAAAAGCCAUAAUUGAAAUAUGUAAGGCAAUAUAGCUAACAAUCUCGUCUGUAAAAAAGAACAUAGUUGGAACGGAUAUUAAACGACAGACUAGAUUGACAGACAAGAUUAACUGUAUUGCCUCAUAGUUCAAUAAUGGCUUUUAUUUUGAAAAUCUGAGUUAGCAGCUUGCAUUAUAUCCUGCUGCUAGAAGAACUGUAAUGAAGCCUUGAAUGGCCAUCACUACUGGUAAGUCGCUUUUUCAUUUGAGGCAGCUCUCUUGAAAGAAUCAAGAUGUUUAGCGUUUCUACAUUUUGUGCACAUUUUCUUUGUUCUGGGGUUUAUUCAUAGCAAGGAAAUACUAAAAGGGUUUAAACAGACCCUGUUGCGUCACAGCUAACUACACUGUUAUAAGGUACAUGACUAAAGAUUAAUGACCUCAUAAUGAGAAUAUACAUACUCUAGCAUAGAACAUUAAUUAUUCUGUAUCAGUUACAACUACACUGUUAUAAGGUACAUGACUAAAGAUGAAUAAACUCAUAAGGAGAAUAUA